UGAGCAACCCGUACGUAGUAAGAAAUACGAAAAUUAUUCGCAGCACUACGCGUUGAUAUAAAUUGUUAAAAUAAGAAAAGAAAAAAACUUAGACGCGAGUCAAGUUAGGCGCUUUCGCAUUAUCACGUCCAUUAUAUGAGGCUAAGUGUAAAUUAUCGCCUUCGCCAAACACCACCCUAAUCCAACCCAACUAAGCCGAACUGCAAACAACGUCGGCAACGCGAACUCUGUGCAUACGAGCAUUUUUGUUGUUGUGCGGUGUUGUAUAUUUUGUGUCGUUUGGGUGGAUCGCGUCAAAUUUAAGCAAACAAGUGAGCGGGCGUAGUGGAUUGUGACGUUGUCUCCCAUUUUUUCAGUUUUUUUUUAUUUCAAGUGAAGUAAAUAACUAAGUGACAAUGAAGUGAACUUCUCGUUGUGGAGACACGACCAACAUCUUGGUACGCAAUUUUUGUUGUUGUUACUCUGUCACAAUAUCCGUCUAACUACCAGCAGCUUCGGCAGUCCACCUGGUCGCGUUUUCGUUGUCGUGGUCGUUGUCGUUGUCGUCGUCAUCAUUAGCGUUGACGUUGUAUGCUAACGGCUUAGAUCGCCUUUCAUCGGGCUUAAGGUGUUCGUCGUGUACGCGGAACCUCAUAAUCGGCAACAACGGUCGUCGCUGCAGCCACAGUCAGUGCCAAAGCUAUAGCUACAGCCACCGCCGACGCAGCUGCAGUGAGUGAUCUUCGCAGCAUACACACGAUCGAACGGCGUCGCAGCCACGAGCGCCCAGCAGCAGCAGCAGCCAACGCAGCAGCGACAGCAGCCACCUUACUGGCGGCAGUUAGCUUUAUUACCGCAAAACUAUCUGCGAAGUUAAAACGUAUCUGAGGUUUUAAUACCGUUUUGGUGUGUUUUCGAGUUGGUCGUGUUUAGCUCCUAAGCGUCUUUACGGUUGUGCAGUACAUACAAUAUAUUAUUAUACAACUAUACUACUGAGCUAUUGAGAAAUAAAAAAUAAUAAACAAUUUUGAAAAGUAAUUAAAUAGUAAUUUAAAAAUAUACAAGCAUUAAGAAAUUUCUUUGAAAGUGUUUUCGAAUAUUAAAAAGCAGUUUGUCCUUCCUUUUUUAGCGAAAAAAAGUAAAUUAUAUUCAAUAAAAAUCAGGAGCUGCUGCUGUUGAUAAACGCAAAUUAUUAAUGCCAUUAAAAAUUAACAAUUUGUCGCUUGAAUAAUUCGGCUUAAGCCUUAGUAACGGCGACGACAACGACAACGAAGCCGGGUGCCAAUAAGACAUUCCGUUUGACAAAUUUCGGUUGUAGCAAAAAAGGCACACAGCAGGAAAAACGCGUACAAUUUUCCACAGCAAACUUGUUUUCUUCGAAUUUGGCGUGUAAAACGUAUAACGGAAAUGUAAAUUAUUCGCCCCCUUCAUGUUUAUAUUUGAAAAAGCGUAAACUCAAGCAAGUACGCGUGCAAAAAAAUAAGAAACAUACGCGGAAAAAAUUAGAAAAAUUAAAUAACUGUAAAAAAUAAACGCUAGUGUCCAUACGUCCCAAUUAUAUAAAAAUUAUAUAUGAAAAAACAAUUAAAAAUUAAAUGAAAAAAAAAACCAUUAUUUGUUUAGAGCCUCUUAUUUUUGUUGAGUGAACUGUAAGCCUCGCAGCUUAAAACACAUUUGAAAACGCGUUAAAUAAUAAUUACAUUAAUUUUUAAUUUCAAAACCACACUUUUCAGAACUUAAAAUAAAAAACACUUAUCGUUACUUGGCGUAUAUAACAACAAAUAUACGAAGCGUAAUUAAAACAAAACGCAAAAUAUCGGAAUAAAGAGCAAAACCAGCGUACAACGCUUAAUUAAACGCGUCGUUGGCAACUUUGUACGCUUUUGCACCAGUCAGACAGCAGCGCUGUUGUGCAUUUCAUGUGCCUUUAACGAUCUUUUCUAUAUUUCGGGUGAUAUUCAUAGCCGUUAAUUUUAUACGUAUAUAAUUGAUGGGAAUCACCAAAGCGGAACUUCUUGAUCAGUUAGUCUAAUCAGCUUUAAUUUAUACAUAAAUAAAACCGAACUAGCAAUUGAUAAUAACAAUAAUAAAGAGAGAACGCAACUACAACAGUGAGCGGAAAGAGAGAGAGACUAUAUAAUAAGGAGAAGUUAUUCAAGGCUUGUGAUUUAUUUUGAGCUGACAAAAUGACAGGUUUCAGCAACGGAGGUUUCGAAAACGACGAACCUGUGAAGCCAAAAGCUGGUUUUGAGCCAGACACAGCAUCACUCAGAGAGAAAGUUAUUUUAAAUCCGGGCGAAAAAUGGCGCAUUUUGAAAAAUAUCACCAUCAUAUCAUUUGCAUUCAUGGUACAAUUCACAGCAUUUCAGGGCACGGCCAAUUUACAGUCCUCGAUUAAUGCCACAGAUGGCUUAGGCACUGUGUCGCUGAGCGCCAUUUACGCGGCGCUCGUCGUCUCAUGCAUCUUCCUACCCACACUUAUUAUACGCAAAUUGACUGUGAAAUGGACGCUGGUCUUCAGUAUGCUGUGCUACGCGCCGUACAUUGCCUUCCAAUUGUUCCCAAAAUUCUACACAUUGGUUCCUGCUGGUAUUCUAGUCGGUUUGGGUGCCGCUCCUAUGUGGGCAUCUAAGGCCACUUAUUUGACACAGGUCGGUCAAGUUUAUGCGAAAAUAACCGAACAAGCUGUGGAUGCGAUUAUUGUGCGGUUCUUCGGCUUCUUCUUCUUGGCCUGGCAAACGGCCGAACUGUGGGGAAAUCUGAUCUCGAGUUUGGUGCUUUCGAGCGGCGCUCACGGCAGUAGCGGCGAUUCCAACACAACCAUUACCGAAGAAGAUCUGCAAUACUGUGGUGCCAACUUCUGUGUGCAAUCCACCAAUGGACAUGGCAACUUGAACCGCCCACCAGAUCAUGAGAUCUUCGAAAUCACCAUGAUCUACUUGUCUUGCAUUGUUGCCGCUGUUGCCAUUAUUGCCAUCUUCUUGGAUCCACUUAAACGUUAUGGUGAGAAACGUAAGGGCUCACAGUCCGCACAAGAAUUGUCCGGCAUGGAAUUGCUAUCAGCUACCUUCCGUCAAAUGAAGAAACCCAAUCAACAGCUGCUCAUACCAAUCACCAUUUUCAUUGGCAUGGAACAGGCUUUUAUCGGCGCUGAUUUCACACAAGCUUAUGUAUCGUGCGCUUUAGGUAUUCAUCAAAUCGGCUUCGUGAUGAUCUGUUUCGGUGUGGUCAAUGCCAUAUGCUCAAUUCUCUUCGGUUCGGUGAUGAAAUAUAUUGGACGUCUGCCCAUUAUUAUACUUGGCGCUGUCGUGCAUUUCACACUUAUCUCCGUGGAAUUGUUCUGGCGUCCCAGUCCCGAAAAUCCACUCAUCUUCUACGCUAUGUCUGGUUUGUGGGGUGUCGGCGAUGCUGUAUGGCAAACACAAAUUAACGGUCUAUACGGUCUACUCUUCCGUCGCAACAAGGAAGCGGCCUUCUCCAACUACCGUCUCUGGGAAUCAGCCGGUUUCGUUAUCGCCUAUGCAUAUGCUACAACAUUGUGUGCGCGCAUGAAGCUUUAUGUGCUUUUGGCUGUGUUGGCUUUAGGAUGCAUCGGCUAUACUAUUGUCGAGAUUCUGUACAGAAGAAAGCAACGCAAGCUAAAGAAACAAGAGAAAUUGGAGGCUGCCGCCAAGGAGAAGGAAGCCGCUGCCGCAGCAGCCGCCGCCGAGGCUAAUGCCACCGGCGAAGUGGAGGAGACCGACGAUGAGUUGGAUGAUCUCGAAGAGGAUAUUGUUGUGACGCAUUUCUAAGUCUAUCACCGCAUACAUAAACACACACACAAACACAUACUCAUACAUUCACGCAUCUGCAAAACAAAUACGCCUUCCAUAAAGUCAAGCAUCCACGCAUGUAUGUAUGUACAAUGCAUAUAUGUAUGUAUUUAUGUAUGCAUGUGAAAAUGUGCAUCGGUGUUGGCUGUAAAAGCUCCUUGCUGAAAGCUUGCGAGCACCACAAGUCACACCCACACACACACACAUUUAUAGAGACACUCAAACGAUGAAAGCUUUUGUUUUUGUUUGUUAAUCUCGUAUGAGAGCUUUGAAGUGUUGGCGUGUAAGCGUGUUUGAUAACUUUUUUUUUGUUUCUUUAUUUAGACUACAAGAAAAGCUCUUUUAUAAAAGAGCGCGUAUAUGCAUGUAUAGAGACAGAGGAAGAGCGCUUGAGACGCCAGGUGGCUUAACACAAAAAAGCGCAUAAGUCAAAAAUUCAUUUUCUGAAUUUCGAAAGUGACUUUUUGCUAGCAAGCACACGUUUCAAGCCGUCUUCCCCUCACCCAGUUGUUACUUUGUUGAAUUGUAUACAAUUUUGCAUACAAAAAGACACAAGUUUUAAGUAAAUAUUAGCAGAAGUAAUAACAGUUAUGAUUAUUGAAAGUAAUGUGUUAUAAUGAUUAGUAGUUAUUUAGUUCAAUAAGUACAAUAGAAACAUUGCGAACACUUACACAAACACACAAGCACACACAUACACACAAACAACACACGUUAACAUAGAAAAAGACCACUCAUAUCACAUGAUAAUAAGCUUACAAGCCAAGUAAGCGCAAAUUGUACAUAACUAAAACCGAAAAGUAAAAAACCGAAAUGUGCACAGAAGAGCGGAGUUACCAGUAAGAACUGUAGAAAACGAUAAAAGACGAAGAGAAAUUGUUUAAGUUAAAAAAAUAUUCAAAACCAAAACUGUACAAAAACAAAAGCUGCGCAAAAUGAGAGAUAGAUUUUUGAAAAAAAGAGUUAUGAAUUGUGAGGCUAUUGGUGUGUCGGUUAAGUGCCUUAAAGGCACGCACACCAACGGCGCUUAUGAAAUAAAUGAACAAAAAGUAAAUAAAAACACUGUAAACUGUUAAUAGACGUCCGUACCGAAAUGCGUUACAUAAUUGCAAAACUAAAGUUUGCACAAAAAUUUUGUGAAAAAAAUUUCUUAAUGAAGACAAAACGAAAAUGUAAAAGUAUACAAGCUAUUGCCCGAAGAAAAUGGCAAAAAUAAAAUUAUAAUACACUUACAUUUACAUAUAUACAUACAUAUAAACAUAAAAGUUAGUUUUAAGGUAACCGUUAUGCUUGUAAGAACCCUCUAGUUUAAAAGUAUAUAGGUAUAAAAUGUGAAAUCAACGCUCAAACACUAAAAAAAUUGCUAAAAAUGGAAAGCACAAAUUAUUAGAAGUGCUAUUUAAAGAGGAAAAGAAACAAUAUUAUAUGAAAGUAAUAAAUACA